AUGUCUGUUGCCAUUGAUGUAAACACCGUCAGAGCAUCAUUAUGGCCGUCUAUUGGACGAGUGACAAGAUCAACUGGACAAUUUGUAGAUGUGACGUUAAUUGGUGGAAGAGGAACAAUACGAUUUACACAUGUCGUGUUUGAUCCAAGUGAUGAAGCCAUCUUUUAUGCGAGUAGCAGUGGAGCCGUUGUUUAUAUGUUUUCAUUACGCAAGAAUCUUGUAAAGUUAUUUGCAACACUGGAAUACCCAAUAACCGCAAUGGCACGAUGUGGUAGUAGUUUAGAGCCGUUAUUUCUUUGCGCCACGGAAGAUUUAUCUCUUGUUUGGAUUGACUGUAACACUAGCCGAAUAAUUAGACGAGAGAAAACAGCUCAUCAGCAUGUUAUUCAUACUAUUUGUCCAUCCUCUUUUACAACCGGGUCUACAUUAGUAGCGACUCUUUCACGAGAGGCAUUAGCUUUAUGGGAAACUUCACAGAUGACAUGUCGUGCGCAUACACACUUAACCGUAGUGAAUACUAUACAUAAUUUUAUGAGUGUUUAUGUAGGGAAAAAGAUAUUGAUAACGAUAGAAUGGUCUGGAUUAGUUAAAAAAUGGGAUCCUUUUACUUUACAACCUAUACAAGGAGUAGUAGUAGAUCUUAGACCUCGUUCUGUGGCUAUAUGUGAUGAUUACAUCGCUAUUGGUGGAACAAAUGCUUUGGUUGGAUUUUUAAAAACAGAAGAUUUAUCUUCUAUUGGUUGUGUUAAAUUAUCUAAUGUUCCUGCAAUCACCUGUUCACUGUUUAUCAUUCAUAAUGAUCUUAUCGCUUGUGAACUUACAGAUGGAACAAUUGUAUUUGUGGUGAUGAAUACCUUUACGGUAGCUUUUGCAAUGGCAGCCCCAUAUACAGGUUCUGUUCCUAAGAGACCCACAAUAUUUAAAGUCUCUGGUCCAUCCUUUGCCGUUUUCGCUCAUGGUGAACAACUCAUGGUCUUUCAUCUUCCCACCGCCCGUCAAUAUUAUUUACAGAGAACUAAAAUAAAUUCAUGUGAAUCAAAUCCGGCAUUACCACGACGUAUGUAUCCAUUUGUAGAAGAAAAAGGACAUACACGUAUAGAAUCACACACACAUGUAGAUGAUGAAGGGGAAGAUAUUACCGAUAUGACGCUUCCACGACCACUUAUUCAUCCUAGUGAACAGCAGGUGUCUAAAUGGGUAAAAGUAAAUCUUCUUCCUUCAUAUAAUAAUGGUAUUCAUCAUAAAGAAAAUGGUGAUGCUCAUACACGUGAAACUUCUUUAGAUCCGCCUUCUAUAACUUUAAAGGGACGAGGCAUACGUGAAGGUCAAGAAAAUGAUCAUGCAAACAAUAAAAAGAAAAAAGAAUUAUCACUUCGACCUUUUCUUGAUAAAGCCUCUAGAGAAGCAAAUAUGCUGAAGUUAAAGCGUUUACUAACACGUUAUGGUGUAUUCCCUGAUAAGUAUCGUCCUCUUAUAUGGAGAUUUCUUCUACAAUUACCAGAAAAACGUUUUACGGCUCCACAAUAUGCUCAACUACAUAGUAAGGAAAAACAUCCAUUUGUACCGUUUCUUAUGAAACCUUUUCCUCUUUCUGACAAGAAAAUACGUGAUUCUAUGGAGUUAGUUCUAUCAAUUCUAAUUUGGCAUGAUAGUAUGUUUGCCGUAAUUCAUUUUUUACCAAUGAUUAUUUAUCCAUUUUUGCAAGUGUAUGAUAUUGAUACACAAUCAGUCGUUGAAGUUGUCCUUAUAUUUCUAAUAAAUUGGGGUCAAGAAUUUUUUCAAUACUAUCCCCAUCAUCCUGUUGCUCUUACAACAUUAUUAAAUCAAUUGCUUCGUACAGAAGAUGCAGAAUUAUAUAAUUAUCUUGAUCAACGAGGUAUAAUGGUUGAAAACUGGGGAUGGGAACCAUUACGUUCACUUUACACCGAUGUUCUUUCCUCUGCCGUCUGGUUACAAGUAAUGGAUCAUGCUUUCUUUAAUGAACCACUUUGGUUGUUCGUAUUUCAUAUUCAAUGGCUUAUACAUAUUCGAGGGAAACUUAUGCAAAUAGAUGAUCAACAAGAACUUACAACUGCUUUUACGAUCACACAUUCUAUGGAUGUUAAUAAAAUUAUAUCAGAAACUUAUAAAAUGUUUGAAAAAAUUCCUAAAGGAGAAUUGACAAAGCCCUAUAGUAAAUUACAUUCUUUUAUAGAUUACGCAUACCCUACACUUUGGAAAACGAAUAAGGAAGUGAUCAAACAGAAAUUAGAGGAUUUACAACAAUCCCUUCAACAGAGAGAACAGGCAGGAGAAUUUCAAAAGCGUAUUCAAGGUGUUCAAGAACAACUAGUUCAAGCGGAAACCCUAGAAGAAGUAUUUGUUGAAAAGAAACGAGCAAAAGUGGCAUCUCAAUUUGUGAGUGAAAAUGAAAGUUGGAGAUAUGGAUUAGGACGUGAAAAAGAAAAUAAUCGCCUGCGUGAAAUGGGAAACAUCACUCGAUUGAAUGCCGUUCAACAACGCAUUCAUAGUGCCGGGCGUUUAGAGGCUUUACAUGAAGAACUCACCGCUGCCCGUGAACAAGUGGCGGAUAUAACGAAUAUAAGAGAAAGAGAAGCAUUACACUGGCAGCGCUCAGAGCGGCUCACCGAACAGGAACUCCGUCGUUUAGAGGAAGCAGCACGGGAACGAUUGGCAAAGGCUAUAAAGGCUAUUGAAGAGGAUGAAAGGAAUUCCCCUAAUAAACAAUCUGGGGAUGUGGAGACUAUCAAUCCUGCUAAUGUGGUCCCAGCAUCCAUAACUGAAAAAACAACAACAACAACAACAACAACAAAUAUAACUACACCGACGAAUACAUCACCACAAGCAGCUCCCAUAUCUUCAUCCUCAUCAGCCUCUGUUCCUCAUGCAGAUACAAUCUCUUCACGAGAUGCUGGGAACUCCGGUGAUGUGAUGGAGGCAUACCGCACCAUGCAGAACUUCGCUGCUCGAGGAAUCACAGAAACACCGUGCCGUUCAGAAGAUUAUACACGAACAUGGCAACAAACACCACCACCACCGCCGCCACAACAACAACAACAAACACCUCCUCCUCCUCCUCCUCUUUCUACUUAUCACCAUCAUCAUCAUCAUAAUUAUCUUUCGGCCAGUGUUGGUACACACUUUGGACCCAAUGCUCCUUUAUAUGAUAAUUUGCUUGGUUCCGGGGUAACACCGGGUUUAAGUGAGGCGGGAAGAUCUGGAACCUCCGCGGACUCUCAGUUCCGAGAACAGCGGUAUAUGAGUAGUGAUCGGGAUGAGCGUUCAUCUGCUGGUACUGUGUUACUACGCCCACACGAUCAGCGAGUGUAUCGACUGCCACGCCCUAGUUAA